UUUUGUAAUGCUUGUAAGAACUGAUUUAAUUAAACUCUUAAUAAAUUCAAUUAAAUAUCAUGCAUUUCCUUUUUGCUUUUGGUAAAUUAUAAAUCUGGGUUAUUCACGGCGGAAUGGAAGACUGUCAAUUCUUUAUUGAUAUUCUCUAGGGUUUAAUAUGGUGAAUUUGGGUCUUUCAAAAGAUGAUUUUGUUCAUGAAAGUAUACAAAAUGGUAAGUUUUCAGUAUUAGGGUAAAUGCGAAUAAGAGUUCAUCUAAUUUGCUCAAAACUAUAAGAGUUCAUCUAAUUUGCUCAAAACUACUAUCAAACUUACUUAAAUAGUUGUAUCUAAGGGUGGUGUAUAAAGUUAGUCUAGAAAUCCGAUGGGAUAAUUUGUCUCCCAUGGUUGAUGUAUGUUUUGUGAUUAAAUCAGUGGCAAUUAAACGAAGGGAAGUAAAUUUGGCUAAGAUUUUGGCAAAGAGUGAUAGGUUUGCAGGAGGUACUAUUUGAACCAUAUGAGCCUCUCGGUGAAUCCAAGGGUUCUGGUAGCUCAGGACGAAGUUGAUACGUAAGUUACUGCUUCAGAAGAUUCAAGUGCCCCAACAAGGAAAUGUAUCAGUUUGACUCUGAUAAACAUGACACUUUUAAACAUGACACUUUUGGUGUUCCUAUACAAGUGCUUACCCUUUCAAACAUGUCACAUUCUAAAAGAAAGGAUUUGGUACAUUGUUUGAGGCAUGAACUGGAGCAGAUACAGAUGCUUCAGAAGAAAGUUGAGUUGAUAAGGACCGAUGGGGUUACUGUGUCAUCCUCCAGUGAUAUUCUUAGUUGCAGCAAUGGGCAAUGCUUACCUUUUGUUAAGGAUAUUCAGAAACUGCCCAUGAUGGCUUCUGAACCGGGGAAGAAGAAUCGGGGUUCUUCAGGAAAAGUUAAGACUGCAAAGCAGGUUUCAGAAGCAAACACAACAAGUAUUUUCUUGAUGAAGCAAUGUGAGGGUUUGCUAAAACGGUUGAUGGGACAUCAAUAUGGGUGGGUUUUCAAUGAACCUGUAGAUGUAGUGAAGUUGAAUAUUCCUGAUUACUUCAAUGUUAUAAAGCACCCAAUGGAUCUAGGAAAAAUUAAAAAGAAGAUAGAUUCAGGCGGAUAUACAAGCCCCUGGGAGUUUUAUGAUGAUGUGAGGCUUACUUUCACCAAUGCAAUGACCUAUAACCCCCCUGGAAAUGAUGUCCAUGUUAUGGCUGAUGCCCUUAACAAAUUUUUUGAAGUCAGGUGGAAAAAUAUUGAGAAGAAGUUGCCUGCUGUUGCUACCCAGUUGAUUCAAAGUAAAGCUCCUGCUGAGGAUGUAGAAACUUCUAAGACAAUACUUCCUGCUAAAAAGAGGAAGACGAUCUCUGUCACCCAACAUGUUAUACCUGACCCUGUGAAGAGAAUGACGGAUGAGGAAAAACACAAGCUACGCGUGGAGUUGGAAUCUUUACUCACAGAAAUGCCUAUGCAUAUAAUUGAUUUCUUGAGGGAGCAUAGUUCAAAUGGAAGGGAUUCAGAAGAGGAAGAAAUUGAGAUUGAUAUUGAUGACCUCAGUGAUAAUACCUUGUUCAUAUUGCAGAAGCUUUUAGAUGACUAUUUGCAAGAGAAACAAAAUUGCAAAUCAAGAGCUGAACCUUGUGAAAUUCAGCUAAUGAACAAAUCUGGACUGCACAGUUCACCCAUGCAACAAGGCAGAGGGGAUGAUCAGGCUAAUGUUGUUGUUGAUGCUGGGGGAAAUGAGCCUCCUGUGUCAAGCUAUCCACGUAAGGAGAUAGAGGAGGCAGACCUUAGAAGCAUCAAGUCUGCUGGGUCUGGCAGCUCCAGAGAUUCAGAAUCUGGCAGUGCUGACGAUGAAGCUGUUGCUACUAAAGCUUCUAGUCCGUUAUCUAUUCCCAGGGGUUCAAGUGGGCCAGACUACUUUCUAACUAGCAUCUUACUCUGCAUUAUCCUUCAGGUACUGGGAGCUGUAGAUUCCGGAACCCAAUUUGAUGAAAAAACGAGUGUUAACAACCCUCUUGAUAGGAAUCGGGAGAGUGCUCCAGUUGAGAGACAGGUGUCCCCUGAAAAACUCUACCGGGCUGCUACAUUGAAGAAUCAAUUUGCUGAUACCAUUCUAAAAGCUCGAGAGAAGACGCAUACUGCACAGGGUGAGAAUGUGGAUCCUGAACAACUGCGCCGUGAGAGAGAAGAACUUGAGCAUCAAAGUAAGAAAGAUGAGGCACAGUUGCUAGCCGAAGCCAAGGCUGCUGAAGAUGCUCAAGGACGAGCCGAAACCCAAGCUGCAGCUGAGGCCAGACGGAAAAGGGAGCUUGAGAGGGAUGCCGCACGGCAGGCAUUGUUGAAGAUGGAAAAGACUGUUGAAAUCAAUGAGAAUUCCAGGUUUCUCAAAGACUUAGAAGUGCUUAGAGCUGCCCCUGCUGAGAAUCUGCAUGGCUCAGUCGAUGAAACAAGCCCAGAACAUUCUCAGGGUGGCUUGGGUAGUUUUAAGCUCGGGAGCAACAACCCAUUGGAACAACUUGGUUUGUACAUGAAGAAGGAUGAAGAGGAAGAAGGUGAACCGCCUACCGUUCCAAAGCCCGUAAAUAAUCCGGAGGAUGGAGAAAUAGACUGAAAAAUGCAUCUUUUAUUAGACUAGGUGAGGAGAAAUGAAGUAGAGAACAUAUAUCGACUGAACAAAUUUCUGUACCCGAUCUCAUAAAUACUUGUAGAAUUCUGUGCAAAACCAUAUUCAAUAAAAAGUCGUAAGCAAUCCUUUAAACCC